GCUCCAUCCGUCCCACAGUUUCGGGGGAGGCUGCAAGUCCCGUACAUCCUGCGAACCGAAACAGAAGAAACGCUGUUUUUCACUCACAUUGUACGGAGGAAUGCGCUGAAAGCCACAAAUGCGUCCUCUGCGCUUUUGCAGGAGGAACAUAUGGAUUAAACGCACUUUAGUGCCGCUCCUUCGGGCAUAAAGGAAAAAAGGAAAAAGGAAAAUCCCAGAUUACCGUUGACUGUGCCCGAAAUGCGGAACCAGAACUUUUUUUCUUUUUUUAAAUGAAACGCUGACAUUUUUUUUUAAUAAGAUUGCGCACUGUGGAUGUUUGGACUCCUUUUUCUGCCAUUUCUGAAGGCUGCAGAUUAAAAAAAAGAAAAGACUUUCCUCCAGGAGUGUGAGAUGCACCGACUGAAGUCCAGGAGGACUGUACAAACUAAAGACAUGACAGGGAUUGUCAUAUGCGCCCUUCUGCUGUUAAAAGUUACUCUUGGAAAUGCCUGUGCCAGUGGUCAGUUCGCUGAAUCAGGGCUGUGUUGCAGUCUGUGUCCUGCCGGCUACGGAGUGGAGGUAAAGUGUGGGGAGGAGGAUACCAAAUGUGCACCAUGCCCACGGGGAACAUUUUCCCAAAAGGAAGGCCUCGGCCCUUGCCUUCCGUGCAGCAAGUGCCCGCCUGGUGUCCCGAGUGCGGCCUCCUGCUCAGCCACUCAAGACACGCAGUGCGAGUGUGACAGCGGCUUCUUCUUUUUUAGCACCUACAGCGCGUGCGCGCCGUGCUCCAAGUGCAGUCGUGGCGAGGGCGCUAUCCAGAGAUGCGGGCCUCAGGGAAACACGGUGUGCCAGAUGUGUGGCCCGGGGAGCUUUUCAGAGGAGCACCAUAAUACCAAACCCUGCCAGAACUGCACCCAGUGCUCCGACAGUGAGGUGGAGAUCCGUCCUUGCAUGCCCAGCUCAGACACGCUCUGCAUGGAUAAGAGGCUACAUAUUCUGUCUCGUCCCGUUGACACCGAGGAGUCCCGUGAUCCUUCCCGUUGGCCGGGUCUGGAGGGCAUGGAGGUGGAGGAUGCCAGCUCCGCAACAGGAAUUCCCAGGUUUACACCAGAGAAUGGGGAUGGCAACAGCAACAUUCUGAUCUACGUGUCCGUCCUGGCCGCCGUGGUGCUGGGCCUGCUUCUUUAUGUGGCUUAUAAAUGCUGGAGAUCCUGCAAACAGAAGAAGGCUCUCUCUAAGGCCCGCGCAGCAGAGCUGGGAACAUCCCCAGAGGGGGAAAAGCUGCAGAGCGACAGCGGCGUUUUUCUGGACUCCUACAGCAUACAGGACAACCAGCCCAGCAAAGGUACCAAGACGGAGGGCAAGCAUGACAAUCGUCUGUACGUGAACUUGCCCCCCCACACGCAGGAGGAGGCGGAGCAGCUCCUGCAGGAGGGAAGCGGGCGCGGAUGGAGGCACUUGGGAGCGGCGCUGGGCUACGAGCCCGAACAGCUGGACCUGUUUGGGCGUGGCGAGGCCCCGGCACACACCCUCCUCUCCAACUGGGCCCAGAAAGAAGGCUCUACUCUGGGAUUGCUAUGCUCGGCACUGGCCCGCAUUGAGAGGCCGGACGUGGUAACAGCUCUUAACUGCCCCUCGCAGGGCAUUUCAGUGGUCUGACAUCUUGUCAUACCACAUGUGACACUCAUAGACUCUUGUGAAGAACUCUGAUCCACAUCAAAAGGGGGACCACUCUGACUACAACGCUUUUGUCACUGUUGGAAGCUUCCACUGAUGUAUUUUUUUUAAAACUCUGUUUUUACUUAGACAACAAAAUACUCUUAACCUCACUGAAUUUCAUCGUAUACAACCAUUUGAAUUUUUUUUUUUUAUUUGAUUGUCGUAUUUCUAGUGCGGUUAGUCUUUUUUUUUUAUGUAUUGCAUUUAAAAAUAAAAUAUAAAAACAACAACAAAAAACACACACCCUUUGUUAUUGCAGCUGAAACUGUUUUGGGGUUUUGGGGGGUUUUUUUGCCAAAAGGACAUAUUUUCCUCUAGCAACACUGCCGCUCAUAAUGGUGUUACUUUCCCUUUUAGGGAUCUUUUCUGUGGCUUAGAAAAGGGAGAAAAGAAAGCUCCAAGAAAGCAAGUGAAGGGUUUCAAUGCUUUUUCUUAAAAUUACUUCACUGGCAAUUUAGGUUUUAAUCUCAUUAACUGUCCCAGUCAUGCUCACAGUUGCUGUAUAUUAUAACAGUUUCUCUAAUGUGUAGAUAGGAACUGCUCACUAGAUUUUUUAUUUUUUUCCCAUUUCACAUCGUAGCUGUGAUUUCUAUUGACAGUGAGGAUAUGUUAUUCACCAUUUUUGUAUCAUAGCUCAUGAGGAAACAACUAUAACAUUUCUUAGCUGUUUCUCAUGAUUAUCUUUUGAUUGUAAAUAUCUUAAAUUUGUUUUGAUGAGUUACAGCUGAAGCUGAAAAUCCAAAAACACUGUUCUCUCCAAUGCUUGUGUCCAACUUGACUGUCUUGCUUUUUGUAUUUAUUUUGUUACCAUUUUUAGUGUAAAAUUAAAUAAAAUCGCUGACAAUCAGACAUUUUUUGUGUGAUAGUACCAGGGGUGGAGUUUUAACUAUGCCGCUUUUUGUGUCUUUGAGUGUUGUACUAUUUAUCUUCUCCAUGACAAAUCAAAAGUAAAUGUAUUUUUAUAAAUUUAAUGUAACUUUACUACAUUUAUUUCACCACUUUAGCUGCUGGUUGCUUUACAAAUUCUGUCACAAAAUCUGUUUGCGUAAUGUAAUAUAAGCCAGUGUUUUGCAAAGAUUUUUGAAUCACCUAACAGUUUAUCCAAGUAAAUAAAUCAAUCAAUAUCCUCACUGCCAGCCGUCUGGUGGUUGGCUCUGCUUCCUCGCAGCGAGG